AUCACUCAAGAGGAGUAGGCGUGCUCUUGUGCGCUGCAUCGUUUGAUGAUCUCCCCGGUUCCCCCUGCACCUCCACUCUGUUCUCAGUGGUUGAGGUCAUCCAAUCAAAGCGAUCAGGCAGACUUUCCCUGCCGGAGGAGUCGAGCUCGACUUUGCGUCGGGCGGCAUUACCGUGUGCGCCGCACCGGUCAGCGGGGCCACACCGCGGCGCUUUGGAUAACUCAAAACAGCAGAGGAUCCUGCUCCUUGCAAAGGCGCGUCGCUCAUCCGCGUCCCGCGCCAUGCCGAACAGCUCAACAAAUUGCCAUGAAUGGUUCAGUCCGCCAGCAUAGGUGACUUUUGAUUCCCUCCAUCUUUUUCCCCCUUUUAUGUCUGGCUUCUCUGAAGGGGUGAAGAAACUCCACGGUGGCAGCGGCAUAAGCCCAAAAACUCGCACUGUGCGCGUAGGGGAGUUAUUUGUGCCCCAAAAUGCAGGUGGAUCGGAGCUGUGUGCUUUCCAGUGCUUGCUGUGCGUGGCUGCUUUUACUUUUCUCAACUCUGAGCAUCAGGGUAACCGGGGUGGGAGGAACCCACCAAAGCAUCCCUCCAUCCGUGGUGAAGCUGUGGGCUUCUGCGUUUGGUGGGGAGAUGAAGUCCAUCUCAGCAAAGUACUCUGGCUCCCAGCUGCUGCAGAAGAAAUACAAGGAGUUUGAGCGGGCGGUGCGUGUGGAGGAAAUUGACGGGCUGCGGCUGGUGAAGAGGCUGGCGGAGAACAUGGAGGAGAUGUUUCACAAGAAAGCCCAGGCAAUGAAGAGACUGGUCGAGGCAGCAGAGGAAGCCCACCUGCAGCAUGAAGAGGAUCCAAACCUGCAGUAUGAAUACUUUAAUGCGGUGCUGAUCAAUGAGGCGGACGAGGAGGGGAACAGCGUGGAGCUGGGAGGAGAAUUUAUCCUGCAACCCAAUGACCACUUUAACAACCUGUCAGUCAACCUCAGCCUCAGCGUUGUCCAGGUGCCCACCAACAUGUACAACAAAGACUCUGCAAUUGUGAAUGGAGUGUACUGGUCUGAGGCCUUGAACAAAGUGUUCGUGGAUAACUUUGAGAGAGACCCAUCACUCAUAUGGCAGUACUUCGGCAGCGCCAAGGGCUUUUUCAGGCAGUACCCAGGAAUCAAGUGGAAGCCAGAUGAGCAUGGAGUCAUAGCCUUUGACUGCCGUAACCGGAAGUGGUACAUCCAGGCCGCAACCUCUCCGAAGGACGUGGUGAUCCUGGUGGAUGUCAGUGGCAGCAUGAAAGGCCUCAGACUGACUAUCGCCAGGCAGACUGUUUCCUCCAUACUGGACACUCUUGGAGAUGAUGAUUUUUUUAACAUCAUUGCAUACAACGAGGAAUUGCAUUAUGUGGAACCGUGCCUGAAUGGAACUCUGGUGCAAGCGGACGUCACCAACAAAGACCAUUUCCGCGAACACCUCGACAAGCUGUUUGCUCAAGGCAUUGGUAUGUUAGACAUCGCUCUGACCGAGGCCUUCAAUCUUCUCGGUGACUUCAACGAGACUGGGAGGGGUAGUGAGUGCAGCCAGGCUAUUAUGUUGGUGACAGAUGGGGCAGUGGAUACAUACGAUGCCAUCUUUGCCAAGUAUAACUGGCCUGAGAGGAAGGUCCGCAUAUUCCCUUACCUCAUUGGCCGAGAGUCCGCCUUCGCAGAUAAUCUCAAAUGGAUGGCAUGUGCUAACAAAGGCUACUUCACUCAGAUUUCCACAUUGGCAGAUGUGCAGGAGAACGUGAUGGAGUAUCUCCAUGUGCUGAGUCGUCCCAAGGUGAUUGACCGGGAGCACGACACAGUAUGGACGGAGGCCUACAUCGAUAGCACUCUCCCCCAAGCACAAAAGCUGGAGGACGGUCAAGAACCAGUUCUAAUGACCACGGUGGCAAUGCCCGUGUUCAGCACCAAGAACGAGACCAGAAACCGCGGCAUCCUUUUAGGGGUGGUAGGCACAGACGUGCCCGUCUCUGAGCUGCUCAAGACUAUCCCCAAAUAUAAGCUUGGCAUCCACGGCUACGCCUUUGCAAUCACCAACAAUGGCUACAUCCUCACCCACCCGGAUUUGCGGCCACUUUACGGAGACGGCAAGAAGCGAAGGAAGCCGAACUACAGCAGCGUCGAUCUGUCUGAGGUGGAAUGGGAGGAUAAGGACGACACGCUGAGAAACGCCAUGGUCAACAGGAAGACGGGCACCUUCUCCAUGGAAGUGAAGAAGAGUGUGGACAAAGGGAAACGCGUUCUGGUUUUGCAUAAUGAUUACUACUACACAGACAUCAAAGGCACUCCUUUCAGUCUAGGGGUAGCUCUUUCCAGAGGCCACGGGAAGUACUUCUUCAGAGGGAAUGUCACAGUGGAAGAAGGACUUCAUGACUUGGAGCAUCCUGACGUAGCGCUGGCAGACGAAUGGACGUACUGCAACACGGACGAGCACCCGGAGCACCGCUAUCUGUCCCAGAUAGAGGCGAUCAAGGUUUACCUCAGUGGACAUGAACCCCACCUCCAGUGCGACAAGGAGCUGAUUCAGGAAGUUCUCUUCGACGCAGUAGUGACCGCACCUUUAGAGGCCUACUGGACCAGCCUCGUGCUCAACAAGUCAGAGAACUCCGACAAAGGUGUGGAGAUAGCCUACCUGGGCACAAGAACGGGCCUGUCCAGAAUUAACCUGUUUGUGGUUCCUGACGAACUGACAAACCAAGACUUCCUGACGGCCGAGGACAGAGAAGGGGUGUUCAACGCCGAUCACUUCCCUCUGUGGUACAAGAGAGCGGCAGAGCAAGUUCCUGGAACUUUUGUUUACUCUCUGCCUUUCAACUCAGGAUCAGAAAACAAGAGCGUCGUAUUGGCCAGUACCGCCAUUCAGCUUCUGGAUGAGAGGAAAUCACCCAUAGCUGCGGCUGUCGGCAUCCAGAUGAAACUGGAUUUUUUUCAGAAGAAAUUCUGGACAGCGAGCAGACAGUGCGCAGCAUUAGAUGGAAAAUGCUCCAUAAGCUGUGACGAUGAGAACAUUAACUGCUACCUCAUUGACAACAACGGCUUCGUUCUGGUAGCGGAGGACUACACUUUGACUGGCAAGUUUUUUGGCGAAGCAGAAGGAGCCGUAAUGAGUAAGCUCCUGCAGAUGGGCUCUUUCAAGAGGGUCACUCUGUACGACUACCAGGCUCUGUGUUGGGUCUUUUCGGAGAGUAGUGGCAGUGGGCGCAAACUGUUAGACCCCUACUUCGCCUUCUUCUCAGCUGUGAAGUGGAUCAUGACAGAGCUCGUCAUAUUCCUGGUCGAGUUCAACUUGUACAGCUGGUGGUACUCUGACUUCUCGGCUAAAGCUCAGAGGAUAGGCCGGUCCAUGCAGGUGCCGUGUGACACCGAGUACCCCGCCUUCGUCUCCGAGAGAACCAUCAAGGAGAACACGGGCAACGUCGACUGCGACGGCUGCAUCAAGUCCUUUGUGAUUCAGCAGAUCCCCAGCAGCAAUCUCUUCAUGGUGGUGGUGGACAACAAGUGUGACUGCAGCAUGUUUGAGCCAAUCACCAUGGACCCCAUCGAAAUCAUGUAUAAUGAAUCUCUCAAGUGCGAGAGACUGAAGAUGCAAAAGGACAGGCGGCGCCCAGACACCUGCCACCCUUUUCACCCAGAGGAGAACUCGAUGGAGUGUGGAGGAGCCGCGAGCCUCGCCCCGUCUCUUGCGGCAACUCUGCUUUGUGUACUCAUGGCGCUGUUUCCUAGGUGACCAGAGCUGGCUACACCCCUCCGUCCACAGCUUGACUUGGAUUGGCUCAGCUUGGCAUGCAACAAAAUUGCAGCGAUGCCACCGAGGAAAAAAAAAACAAAAAAAAAACACUCCGGCCCCGUAUAGAAUUGUGCCCAAUUUCAACUCGCCACCUGCAGAGUCCCCAGCCCUGAGGUACCUCCCUAGAAGGUAUAUAUUUGAAAGGAUUGAUAGCUGUUACAGCUGUUAAGUAGUGAUCAUUACGGUGCUUUACCACUAUCGCAUGAACUGAACACAAGAGAGGCUUUUGAGGAGAGUCAAAGUUUAGAGACACGUAGAAAUAAUGCAAACAGUGCACCUCGUAGCUUAAAAACAGCACAAGUGGUCUAGUAAUACCCACUAACUAACAGUUCAGUCCGUUUAGGUAGCAGCUAAGCCCUGGGGUUCGUAGCUUGGCAGCUUGGAACUGGGCAUUACGGCCACGUAACACCCAUUUGAAGACAAGAGAACAACAGGUGCAUCUUGUCCUGGCCCACUCUGACUUUUCAUGGACAAUACUGAUUCUGAUAAUAAUACAUAAAUUAAAAAAAAAAAAAAGAUAAAACUGAAGAUCAUUAUAUGUGGCUGGGGUUGUGAUGAAAUGUUUGUCUAAUGAUGUUUUUUUCAAGACGAGAAGAAAAAAAAACAAGUUCUAUAAAAUAUAUGAAGAAGAAGAAAAAAAAAUAAAGAGUUUUAUUUAUGAUUUGCAAGUGGUACCCAUAAACUGUGACUAUGAGAUUUCGAGUCCUCUGAUGUGAGUGGUCGUUAAUAUUUGAGCUUUGCCUUAUUGAACGAUAUUGGUCCUGUUUGUGUACUUUUGAAAUAAAACGAUGUUUAAAAUUUA